AUGGCGUGGCGCUUGCCCCUAUCAGCUCACCACAGUUCCACGGAGCAUGUCUUGCAGAGGCUGGAUUCAAUAUUCCAAAGCUUUUGGGCUGAGCUGCAAAAAAGAGGAGAAGCUUCUCAUUAUUUGCUCCAGGACAUAGCCAAAAGAAAUGGGGAACAAAAGGCUGGAAAGUCUCCACUGAGAAGUGACAUAAAGCUGCCACCUACCCGGCUUCCUUUCUGCCAAUUUUGGAUGAGAACUAGGGACAGCCUUCCCCAUCGCAGCACAUCGCAGCAUGGAGAAAUGCUUGCAGACCGCACAGGCUUAUACCCAGCGCUUCCAGCAAAUACCAGAAAUGAACAAUCAUG